AUGAAAGUAGUGCAGUGGCUUCUACCGGUGGCUGUGGCCUGGUGGUUGCGACAAGGCGGUGCUCACACCAUGGCCGGAGAUUGCGCAACCAAGUGUGGGGACGUGGACGUACCUUAUCCGUUCGGGCUCGAACUCCAUUGUGCAAGGUCCCAAGAAUUUUUCCUCAAUUGCACCACUGAAGGGAACCAUACACAACUACUUGGUGCCAAUGGGGGGAAUAUUCCGAUACGCAAUAUCUCGGUCGAGGAUGCAACCAUGGUCGUCAGUGUCCCCGAAGCAUACACCUGUUACGACCCAGACGGCCAGGCAACAGUCAGCCGUGAAGUGGCCCUCGACCUAUCUUCAUAUCCACCGUACAGAUUUUCGGACACCCGGAACAAGCUCACCGUCCUCGGCUGCAACACCUAUGCGUUCAUGUCCGACCGAGAUGGGACGUUUGUGAGCGGGUGCCGCACCAACUGCAACCACAGCAUCGACUGGGCUAAUGAUACCACUUGCUCCGGUCUCGGUUGCUGUCAAACAUCCAUCCCGAAGAGCUCGAAUGGGCUUAAGAUUCUUGACAUUAGGAUCAGAAGCCUCGACGGGGAAGACAAGGAAGCCUGUGGACUGGCCUUCGUGGUGGACGAUAGGUCAUUCAAUAUAUCCAACAGGAAAUUCCCGACCCUGAAGGAAGUAGGAAAAAGUUCGGACCUAGUUCUGGACUGGAUGGUCGAAUGGGACGUGACUUGCAAAAACGUCAGCUUGAAACAGUCGGGCUAUGCCUGUGGCAACAACACGGACUGCCAUGACUUCCCGAAUGGACCGGGUUAUCGCUGCUCAUGCAAGCCUGGGUACAACGGGAAUCCCUAUAAUCGCUCCCACGGUUGUCAAGACAUCAAUGAGUGCAAGGAGCCACAAGUAUACCCAUGUCAUGGAAAGUGUAGGAAUAAGCUCGGGAACUACACAUGCGAUUGCUCAUUUGGAAAGAUGGGCGAUGGUAAAGUCAGUUGCCAAAUUGCUCAAUGGGUUGUGCUUGUUGCAGUGAUUAUUAUGGCCUUCUUCUUCAUAACAAUUAGUGCUUUAGUCUUUGUCACGUGGAGGAGGAGAAGCAAACAGAAAAACUUCAGGCGAAAUGGGGGAGAGCUCUUGAAACACCACAGAGUUCAAAUUUUUACGGAGGCAGAAUUGGCAAAAGCAACCAACAACUAUAAUGAUAGCAAUAAGCUUGGUGAGGGCGGUUUUGGUUCCGUCUAUAGAGCAACAGUAGCAGGGGGAACCAUGGUCGCAGUCAAGAAGCCUAAAGAUUUACACAAGUCUCUAGUAAAGGGAGAUUUCCAGCAUGAACUUGAAAUUGUGAUGCAAAUAAACCACAAAAAUGUGGUGAGGCUCCAUGGCAUUUGUUUGGAGACUAGAAUACCCUUGCUGGUUUAUGAAUACAUUUCGAAUGGUACCCUCUUUCAGCACAUCCAUCAGAAUGCGUCGACCAUCUUAAGAUCAUGGAAAAACCGGCUCAGAAUAGCCACUGAAGUUGCUAUUGCACUCGCGUAUAUGCAUUCCUGUGCAGAACCCCCAAUCAUUCACGGUGACAUCAAGUCAGUGAACAUACUUUUAGAUCAAAAUCACUCAGUAAAAGUGUCUGAUUUUGGAACUUCAGUGCUUAUAUCACCAGAGCAUAGUCAUAUAAUAGCCACUGAAAUUCAAGGCACAUUGGGCUACAUCGAUCCUGAAUAUUUAACCACUGGUAUGCUAACAAUUAAGAGUGAUGUAUACAGUUUUGGAGCUGUUGUCGUGGAGUUGCUCACAGGAAAGAAGCCUACAAGUUUUAUUACUAAGUCCGGAGAGUCAAUUAAUAUUAUCCAUUAUUUCAUCUCUUCCGUGAAGGAUAAGACGCUAUCUGAUGUCAUAAACUUUGAGGUAGCUAGUGAAGAUGAAAUGGAGAGAGUAGGAUUGGCUGCUGAGAUUGCAACGAAGUGCUUGGACCAAAGCGGUGCGAAGAGGCCAGUAAUGAUGGAAGUGGCUGAACAACUCACGAGGAUUAACCAAGAGCACAACAACUCUGUUGAAGAAGAAAAUAAAGAGACGGAAAGUGAGGUGGAUAAAGAAAACCUCUAGUCCCAUGCGACUUCAAUUACUGCCAGGAUGAGCCAAGGUGGGACGUCGGGCUCUCUUUUCUAUUCAGUAGGUUCCAGCAUCUGAUCGUUGGUUACUAGAGUGACAUGUCUAUUAAUUGUGCGUAACAACUUUUAGGGUUGAUUGUGUAUUCUCUAUGCGUGUGUUAUUAUUGCCAUUUGUUUUGGACUUAAAGUUGCGCAAGCAUUCAUGUAAGUUUGUCACAAUCUGUAUGAUAUAUGUGCAGCUUUGCACUAGACUUAUAGAAGGCCAGCAUGUGGCCAUUUUGACAUUAUCAGAA